AUGAUCCUGCUGAGGGCGAGAAGUUCAAAGCUUAUCUGUAUACCGCUGUCGACACCUUCAGAAUCCUUGAUCAAAAAGCCGAUGUAUUGUUAUGAUCCUGCUGAAGGGGAGAAGUUCAAAGCUUAUCUGUAUACCGCUGUCGACACCUUCAGAAUCCUUGAUCAAAAAGCCGAUGUAUUGAAGGAACGCAUCCGAUCAGUAUAUCAAAUUGGAGAGGAUGGCGACAUUUCAAGAUGCCAAGCGAUCCCACAAAUGGCUACUAUUCCGGAUGAAGAAGUGUAUGAAGGCAUGAGUGAAAAUAACAAUGAUGUGGACAGAUUAGAUGAACAACUUCAAGGAAUCUACAUCAAUGCUGAUGCACCAUCCAAUUUGAGAAGAGUAUACGAAUUCAUGAUCAAUUAUCCACACAAUGCCAAAAUCCCAUCAGAGGACUACACUACCGGAUGUCUUUUGGGAGGCUUACCAAGACCUCAAAAAUUGAACUCUGACACGUAA